AUGUCUAUAUUCACCAAGUUCUGGUCUGACCUGAAUUGGGACCAAAGGAAGAUGUAUGUGGUUGCUCACGUUACAAGAGUAAACACAAAACGAAAAACAGUCUCUGAGUCUCGAAGAGAAGAAAGUUUGGUCUAUACACUGACCCUAAAUAACACCAAAUAUCAAGUAUGUAGAAAGAUGUUUCUGAACACUCUUGAUCUACGUCCUUUCACUGUUCAAAGCUGGACAAAAAAAGGCGAACAUGGAAUGCUUCCCCAUAAGGAGGCAGAGAAUUCCAAACGUAUGAAAAAAUCUCCGUUUGCAGAAGAUAUAAAUUUUCUGAAGGGAUUCCUCGAGAAGUUACCGAAAUUGCCUUCCCAUUAUAAUAGAGCAAACUCAACAAAACUCUACCUUGAACCUGUGUUCAGGUCACUGAAACAAGUCUAUGACUUAUACAACGAAAUGUGCCAAAAGGAGGAUAGGAAAUGUCUUUCAAACAAAACAUUUUAUAACCAGUUCAAUGAUAGUAAUCUGUCAUUGUACCAACCGAAGAAGGACCAAUGUGACGUUUGUGUUACUGUUACAGAAAAACAACUGCGUAAGAAGUGGAAGAACCUGCGCGAUCAGUUUCGGAAAGAAAAAAAGAAGUUCCCUACGCCGCGUUCUGGUGACGCUGCCAACGAAACAGAGAGCACUUGGCCAUACUUUCAACUCAUGCAAUUUUUAAACGAUGAUAUUACACCUGAAGUCAUGACUGGAAACCUGCAUGAUAGUGAUUCGGAUUCCCUGAACGAGUCCUGUCAUACUGAGGAGCAAAAUGAUGUGAUGAGUCCAGGCACAUCAACCACCAGCAGUCGCACAAAUGCAUCAAAGCGCAACAAAACAGCAUCCGAUUAUAGAGAUGAGCUUAUAGAAUGUGAAAGAAAAAAAAUUUUGCUAAUAGAACAGAAAAUGGCCACAAAUAAUGUCCAGCCGGAAAAAUGUGAUGAUUAUCAUUUUUUUAUGAGUCUCCUGCCACAAAUGAAGCAAUUUGGUGAAGUACAAAAGUUACGUAUUCGCAAUAAAAUUACCCAAGUCAUAAUAGACGAGGCAGAAAGGAUGCAGUAUUCUUCUCAUCAGAGAUACGAGGAAAACUAUGGAGGCUAUUCUACUACUGGCACUUACACCAAUUUUUAA